CAUUUGUAAAAAGAGUUGUAUAUUAUAACUACUUCAAAAUUUUAAAUGCUAAUGCUUACCAAGAUAUUAAGCAUUUUACAAAUUAGAAAAAUACUAUAAAAAUAGUUAUAGUAUAUAUUAUAAUGCUUACUAAGCAUUAACACUUAAAGAUAAUUAUGAGGUUUAGGUGGGAAACACUUCUAAAAAAGUACUACUACUAUAUACUAUAACUAUAUUAUAAGCUAUAUAGAUAUUAAAAUGCUAGUGCUUAGUUGCACGCUCUAAUCACUAUCAUUAUUAAUUAUCGUUUAAAAACUUUAGGAGCAAUCAUUUUUCUCCCUUUUUCCAGAUUUUAAGAAGAAAAUAUUCUUCAUUUGUUGUCACCAUAAACAUAAACAUAAAAUGAUUAAAGACUUAAUAAUGCAGCCAUUACGCCGUUAAUAAAUAAUUAAAGCACCAAAAAAAAAAAAAAAAGUAGGCAAGUGGCACAGAGGAUCAGUAGAAGAAACACAGUAGACCACACUUCAUGUGCUUAACUUUAUUCUUUUAAGUUGCAUUCUCCAACGAACUCAAAUCCCAAAUCUCAAAGCUUCUUCCUUUCUGUGAGAAGAGAGAGAGAGAAUAGAGAGACUGUGUUUCAUUCAUUCAUUCUCUCUGUCGCUUGAAGCUGCCUUAAGGACAGAGGAGAGAGAAACAGUUAAUGCUAGAUUGAUACUUAAAGACUGUUUCUUUCUUUUUCUUGUCCACUCUACAGAUCUCGUGCCCUGAUUUAACGCGUGCGUAACGGUCAUAUAUUCUCAACAGCCGUCACCUCUUAAAUCGUUUGCUUUCGAUCUCAGGCUCGUGUUAUAGAGAGAGAGAGAGAGAGAGAGAUGCUGACGUGUAUAGCGUGUACGAAGCAGCUCAACACCACCAACAAUGGCGGAUCUAGACCCCAACAAGAAGAAGACGAAGAAACACAGACGCCUAGGACCAAACACGCGACUAAAUCUCUGACGUCACAGCUAAAAGACAUGGCAGUAAAGGCCUCAGGAGCGUACAAAAGCUGUAAACCGUGUUCCGGUACAUCAAACCGGAAUCAGAACCGGAACUACGCUGAUUCGGAUGCUGAUUUGGAUUCUGGGAGGUUUCACUACGCGUACCAGAGAGCUGGGGCUGGGACUGGAGCCUCGACUCCUAAGGUUUGGGGGAAGGAGAUGGAGUCUAGGUUGAAAGGGCUUUCGAGCGAAGAAGGCACGCCUACUUCCAUGAGCGGAAGGACGGAGUCUAUAGUGUUUGUGGAGGAGGAUGAGGCUAAAGAGUGGGUUGCGCAAGUUGAGCCUGGUGUUCUCAUCACGUUUGUGUCUUUGCCUCAGGGUGGGAAUGAUCUAAAGAGGAUCCGUUUCAGUCGUGAGAUGUUUGAUAAAUGGCAAGCACAAAGAUGGUGGACAGAGAAUUCCGAGAAGGUCAUGGAGCUGUACAACGUGAAGCAGUUUAAUCAGGAGAGCGAGCCACUCCCAACUCCUCCUGCAUCUGAAGAUGGGGGCUCGCAGAUACAGUCGGCUAAGGACAGUCCUGUAACUCCACCUAUGAACAAUGAGCAGCCUCGAGGAAUGGGAUACUCAUCAUCUGACUCACUUGAUCACCAACCAAUCCAAACACCUAAGCGUUAUGAUUCUGCUGGUCUUGCUUCGACAACAAAGCUCAUCAGUGGGACCAAGACUGAGGCAUCAUCUAUUGACGGUGGUUCUGCUAGAAGUAGCUCAGCAGAUGAGGGGUCCGAGGAGGUCUCAGUGAGUAACGCAAGCGACACGGAAAGUGAAUGGGUGGAACAAGAUGAGCCUGGUAUCUACAUUACAAUCAGAGCUUUACCUGAUGGUAGCCGUGAGCUUAAACGUGUUCGAUUCAGCCGAGACAAGUUUGGGGAAACACUUGCGAGAGUUUGGUGGGAACAGAACAGGGCUAGGAUUCAGAAGCAGUACUUGUGACUUGAUGAUAUAGAUUUACUAAAGAACAACAAAAGACUUUCUUUUCUUUAUGGGCAAACAUACUUUCUUUUCUUUUAAACUUUGAACAAAAACAAGUGAUUAAACAAAGUUUAUGCGAUUUAAUUUAUGUUUAGGGACCUAAAUUUUAACUAAACAUAACUUUUAUA